AUGGACGCGCCUCGAUAUUCCAUGGACUGCAAGGCGGCGCGCAACCGCGCUUCUUCGCCGUCGCCAUCUAUCCCGGCAACGCCAGCUAUAUCUUCAUAUUCCUCUCCAGAUCGCACAUUUUCUUCCGAGUCUUCCCGCUCUGCCUCCUCCGCCACCUCUGCAGAUGCCAGAUCGUCCGUAUCCACAUCCUCUCGCCGCCAUGGAUAUACCCGUGCAUUGGGUGCCGAGUUCUCCGAAUCCGCCCGCCACCGCGACAGCGUCAUGAGUUUAGGCAGUAUCGCUCACCUACAAUAUUAUUUUGCCCGGACGGGAUUGCUGGACGGGAAAAGCGGGAGGGGCCGCGAGUGGGAAAAGAGCAAGAAGAACAGAGAUAAUGUGCCACGAGUUCUGAUUACCCCCAAUCAACGACAUAUGAAUGAUGACUUGGUCGCAAGCCCGACAGAUAUGGCAGAUCCGGCGGAGGGUGAAUGGGACGAUGAGGACGCCGAGUCAGCACAUACAGCAUCAAAACGCACCACAUCCCCCCCGCCCCCAGAUCUGAUUUUCUUGCGUCGGCAGCUUACGCUCGCGCUGGAUAAGGCAGAGACUAAUAUUGAGGCAAUUGAAAACGGCGCGGAGCCUCCUCCCCGCCUAAUCCUCCGGUCGAGUCUUUCUCCAGGUGAUGUCCCGGAGGAUGAUCAAUCCGGACAGGUGCCGACCCCAAUGAAUAAGGAGGAGAGGCAGGGUAUGUGCAUUUUGGACGAUGUUACGAAUGCAAUCCGCGCAGCCAAAAUUUACUAUACCACGCACGAGAAGCCAGAGCGCUUAGCGUCAAUAAAGAGUGAGCGGGAGAUCCGCAAGGAGCUUUUUGACGUCCUUGAAGUUUUGAAGCGGUGGGCUGCGCGGCAUUUUGCCAGCGGUCUGCGCGAGGAGGAACGUGAGCGGAUUCAGGGUUGGAUUGCGACUGUGCGUACCAUGCUCGCCCGCGAAAAAGCGCUCGAAGACCUUGAAGCCCAAGAACGGGAGAACUGGGAUUGGGCUGCUGGAGAUUGGCGAGGUCGUGAACGCUCCCGCGAGGAGUCCUUCCUACGCAGCCUAUUGCCUGGCGGUGACUCCUUGCCGACCUGGACACCGGUUGAGGAGGCUCCCAGUGACUCGCUUCCCACCGCGUUCCUUGAUAGGUUCCGGGACGGCCGUGCACUGGUCCAGCUACACAACCUUGCGAUCAAGAAGUCGAAACGCCAAUUCGGCGAGAUCACGGCUUACCACUUAGACAUUGCCAAGCCGUACCGGCAGACUGAGAAUCUUCAGUUCUGGGUAAAAGCUGCACAACUCCGGUGGGAGCUUCGGCUGGAUGUUGAUGUUAUGGGGGUUGUACACAAUAGUGGGACUACUGCUUGGAAGCAGUUCGAUACUGCACUGCUGGCCUGGUGUAAAACUGUCCGUGAAGAGCUAGUGCGCGAUUGGCAGGCGGCUAACCCUGGGCGACCCCCAAGUGCUGGGUUGAUUUGA